UUCGCAUUCACCAUUUUAGAUGACCUGGUUCAAGGGCUGGAAGAUCGAGCGUAAGGAAGGCAGCGCAAACGGCGUUACCCUACUGGAGGCUCUGGACUCCAUCCUGCCCCCCACCCGCCCCACUGACAAAGCCCUGCGUCUGCCCCUGCAGGACGUCUACAAAAUUGGCGGUAUUGGAACUGUACCUGUCGGUCGUGUUGAGACCGGUGUCCUGAAGCCCGGUAUGGUCGUCACCUUCGCUCCCCCCAACCUGACCACUGAGGUGAAGUCUGUGGAGAUGCACCACGAGUCUCUGACCGAAGCUCUCCCCGGCGACAACGUCGGCUUCAACAUCAAGAACGUGUCCGUCAAGGAAAUCCGUCGUGGAAACGUGGCUGGCGACAGCAAGAACGACCCUCCCAUGGCUGCUGAUAAUUUCACCGCCCAGGUCAUCAUCCUCAACCACCCCGGCCAGAUCUCCCAGGGUUACGCCCCCGUUCUGGACUGCCACACUGCUCACAUCGCCUGCAAGUUCAGCGAGCUGAAGGAAAAGAUCGACCGUCGUUCCGGCAAGAAGCUUGAGGACAACCCCAAGGCUCUCAAGUCCGGAGACGCCGCCAUCAUCACCAUGGUGCCUGGAAAACCCAUGUGUGUUGAGAGCUUUUCCCAGUAUCCCCCACUGGGUCGCUUUGCCGUCCGUGACAUGAGGCAGACCGUGGCCGUCGGUGUCAUCAAGUCUGUCGAUAAGAAGGUCGCCUCUGGUGGAAAGGUCACCAAGUCUGCACAGAAGGCCGAGAAGAAGAAAUGAAUUCUCAUGCAGGACGUCCAACAAAAAGUUGCAUCUCAGCAGCAGCGGGCCGCCCCAUCCCUUCUUCUUCCCUGUCACCCAACGCCAUCUUCUCUGAGGCAGAGCUCUCUACUCAAGGACUGGCUUAUGCUGAUUAAAACCCAUCGGAAAAGUUUCCGCAGGAAAGGAAGGCUUGUGCCUUUUAGGGGAAACUAUGAUCAUGAUUAAGUUGAAACCAAAACAAUAAAAAUCUUAAACAUUGCCAAAUGAAAA